GCCAUCACUAUCCAACCCCUCGGUCCAGCGCGUGCCGACAUUCGAAGCCGAGUCAUUGGCGGCUUUCUCUGACGAGCUCAUCUGGGAACUGGUUUCACACACUGGUGCUGUCAUGUUCGCCAUACCCCGUGUUGAGGACAGCUCACUGGUGGACAUCCAUGCGUGGGUCCUCCAUG